ACCGAAACCCGAAAAAUGAAAAUAGGCAAGCAAAGCUAGGGUCAACCAAUGGAACAAGCCCAGGAUGAUCGAGGCAGCGGAGACUUCGAAGAACUUACCUCUGAGAGUCUGAGUGUUGAUCCUCAGUUCCAGUCCGUUCGGCCCAGACCCUCUUUUUUUUUACCCUCUUGUCUCUCUUUCUCUCACACACUCUCUCUCUCUCUCGCGGUCUCGCAGUCUUGCAGUCUUGCAGCCUCUCUGUCUCAUUCUUCGUUUUGGACUUGUAAUUCUUUAUCAUCAUCACCAAUUUAAUUCAUCUUAUUUUCCCUACUACUAUUGACACCAUUUCCUCGAUUUAUUUCUUCCUCCUUCUAAAAGGCACCCAACCUUAUCAUUAGACUGGAAGGAAGGAAGACCGGAACACGAAAAGCAGCAUUGAAUUUUGCU